AUACUGAUUGGUGGAUGGUGUCUGGUUAUUGUUUGUUUUGUUUAUUGUUUAUAUAAAUCAAUCAAGUAUUCAAAUAGUCUAUUUGAUACAUGAUUGAACUUGGUGUGACUUUUUUAACUCCAUAUAAUUAUUUAAAAUAAGAUGGUCACUAAUACUGAAGAAGAUGAUGACAGCCAGGACUCCAUCAACUACAAAGCACAGUACAGAAGUUUAAAAAGAAAAUUGAAAUUCCUUAUUUAUGAAAAUGAAUGCUUUCAAGAAGCAUUGCGUUCAACACAACGGCGAUUGCUGAAGGCCAGCAGGGACCGAAGCUUUUUGCUAGACCGUCUGUUAAACUAUGAGAAAGUGGAAGCAACGUCAAGUGAAGGAGAAGACACUGAGUCUUCAGACGAUGGUGAAGCUGCAAGAUCUGAUGCCAAAAGAAGGAAGGUGGAUAUGAAUUCUGGAAGCAGUUAUGGGCCUUCUUUGAGUGGACCCCCUAAAACUCCUUCUUCAACGAAGAAAAAGAAACCAGCAACACCCAAACCUGUGACUAAAUCUCUGAGCCAACCGCAGCUGCAGGUGGUGUCACUGGGCAGUUCUGGAGAUGGUCACAUGACUCCAGAGGAGGUGGAGCGACACCUGGAGGCUCGGCAGCAGCGGUAUCUCGACGUCGACCGGACCGUUGCCAUCCCGUCUGAGAUGUUCAGUAACGAUCCUUCCUUUGAUAUAGACAGUGAAUCCAACGAGUUGUGCGAGAUGGAGACCUCUCCGAGCAACCUGGGCGAGGACUGCCUCAGCGUGGACAUGAUCGCAGACUGAUUUACUCGUCAAAUUUCUCACUUUUGUUGUUACUGUAAUAAAUUCAUUAUUUGUGU